CUGCACAGUUGGUCCCUCUGACUUGCCGUAGUUCGCACGGCGGGAUUGACUGAAUGUCGGAAUCUUAAAAUCACAAUAACAGACGUUUCAUUAUGUGUGUGUCUGUGUUAACUCACUAAGCUUCACGGAAUAAUAAAGAAGUCCAUCGAUUGGCAGCGGUGUGUUUUCAGGAACUACUGGCAGGGUCACCGUGGCCAUGAUGUGCUCUCUUGCUUUGUUUCCACCUCCCCUGCCCCUCGGACAGACCACUCUGUGUGAGUCCAACAACGAGCUGCUUUCAGGAACCAACACUGGAAAUCCACUGAAACAGGAGUCCAGUCCGUUGAGUCUAUAUUUUCCCAGAGAGUCCUUGAAGCUCCACAGUCGCACAGAGAGCAGUAGUAAAGUCGCUUUCCUGGUCCACUCUGAAACACUGUGGAUGAGGAGUGCAGCCGCGUGGCGGGAUGGUGGUUUCACUGGGCUGCUCAAUGAAAUUGCCAAAUCACAUACAGAGGUUCCUAAAUGGCUGUCGGUAAGUUCUGGCUGUGUCCUGGCUUUGCUCAGAUGGAUUUCUUCUCUCCACGGCUCCCUGUUUCCUCACCUCACAUUGAGCAGUGAGGACAUGAUUGCUGAGUUUUCACAAGUACUGAAAUGGUCGGAUUGUGUGGUCCGAGCCUUUGCCUGGCAUCCCCAUGCAGACAAAUUUGCUGUGGCCUUAUUGGAUGACUCCAUCAAGAUUUACAACCCCAAAAGCGCCACGACUCCCACACUAAAGCAUCGCCUGCAGAGGAGCGUGGCAGCCAUGCAGUGGAAGCCGUUGUGUGCGUCUGCUCUUGCUGUAGCUUGCCAAAGCUGUUUGCUGGUCUGGCACGUGGAUCCAUGCUCACUAUCAACUAGGCCUUCGUCUGGUUGUGCUCAAGUUUUGUCACAUCCUGGUCACACGCCAGUUACAUCUAUCGCUUGGUCACCAAGCGGCUCGCUCCUCGUCUCGGCCUCACCUGUGGACACUGCAAUUAUGGUUUGGGAUGUAGCUGCAGAAAGCUGCGUGCCUCUUCAGCGUGUGGGAGGAGGUGGUGUCACCUUCCUGUCCUGGUCUCCUGAUGGCAGCCGCGUUCUUGCUUCUACACCGUCUUCGUUAUUCAGGGUGUGGGAGACCAGAAUGUGGACAUGUGAGCGUUGGCCAUGUGUCAAAGGGCGCUGCCAGUCUGGUUGUUGGAGCGCAGAUGGGAGUCGACUUCUCUUUACUGUCCAGGGAGAGAUGGUCAUCUAUGCCCUGACCUUCUCUGACCUACCAGGUGCACCUACACAAGCAGCAGCAGUAGUGGCUGAUCUAUCAGAGACGACAUUUAACACACCAGAUGGAGAUAUUACUGUUGGUGGGGAGAUUCAGUCUUUAGUCUGGGAUCCUAGAGGAGAAAGACUUGCAGUUCUUCUCAAAGGUGUUCCACAAGUGGCAAACCGUCCUGCGAUGAUUGUAGUGUUCAAGACGAGAACCAAACCCAUCUUUGAGCUUUUGCCAUGUGGUUUUGUUCACGGGGAGCCUGGUGCAGAGCCAAGAAUGAUGCAGUUCCACCCACAUUUCCCACAUGGAGCACUGCUGACUGUGUGUUGGUCCACUGGAAGAGUUACUCACGUGCCUUUCUAUUUCCUGAGCGCAAGCACCCCUCAGUUUGGCUUGAAUGGCACCCCGUCGUUGCCGCGGCCAAAGGAAAGACCUGCUGACUUCGCCAGCCAGACACUCUUUACUGAAACUUAUUCGUGAGAAGAUUUUGUUAUUGUUUGUCCAUAAAUGUGUUGUGAAAUUGAUGAUUUGUUGUUUCAUAAGAUGUAGGAGCAUAAACACACUCCCCAUCUCAUAAAAAGUACUUGGGGGGUAGAAACCAAAAUUAAUUGGACAGAUUGGUACAUGAAUAGAACUAAUACAUGGCUAUAAAUUCUCUUCAGCCACUGAGGUCUUGGAGUCUGGGUAAUGGGGCUGAUAUGUAGAUGCAUACGGAUGUAUAAUAAAAAAAAAACUGAUACCAGGCCAAGCUCAUUUUUUUUUUCUUUUUAAUCAAUGUAGGUUCAUUGUAUAAAAAAACAGAAAAUUACUCCACUUGUGUCUGUAUGACAUGAAGUGUUUUCUUACACCCUGAAUCCAUUCAAACCACAAUUACCUUGAUUUAAAAAAUGUUUGACAUGACAAGCUAAAUUUUUAUAUUAUAUGUUAAACAAUGUCUGUGCAAAAUUUGGCAUUUUUAUUCCAUAAGACUCACAAUGACUGAUAUUUUACACAUAUUUCCCCCGCUAGGACAGACACCAGCAUAUUUUUCUUCUCCAGUGCUCUGACAGAUGUCUGCUGCAGCUGUCUUCAGUUUGUGCCUCCUCGGGGGGUGUUUCACCAUGAACAUACUCUGUCGGAUUCAGAUCAGAUGAUUGACACGAACGUUGCAGAACAUUUCACUGUUUGCCUUCAAAGUCUCAUGAUGGUUUUUGUUUCUGUCGAUACGUAAUUCUCCACUUCAGACUUAAUGCUGUUGCUUUUUUCAGCAGUCACAUCAGUAGUGAGCAUGUAGGAAUCAGUUCCAUUACACGUCCUCGUCCUGACAGUACCUCCGCCGUGGUUCAUUGAUGAGUUUGUGUGCGUUGGGUCAGUUGCUGCUCUUUUAUUUUGCCGUACUCUUCCCAUGAUUCUGGCACAACUCAGCCUUUAUGUGUCCAUAAGUGUUAGAGAGCUGCACAGGUGUUUGCUAUUUUUGAACUCUAAUAUGGUCAUCCUGUUUUUCACGAUAGAUGACCAUUUUUACCAGUGAGACUGUAUUUACGCCAUUGAAGUUGUCUUUUAAUUUCUAACAUUGGCACAGAUGUUCCUGGCAGGGUGUUACUGAUCUGGACACCUGAUGAAAGGGUGUUUUUCUUUAUUGGGUAAAUAAUAUUUCUCAUUCUCCACACUUUUUUUUGUGUGAUUUUUUUUUUUUUUUUUUUUUUUUUUUUUCUGGACUUUUGUGCUCAUUCUUAGUUUCUAGGAACAUAAAUAUUUGAUUUAUGCACAUGUAAUGUUUUACUUGUGAUUUAAUUUUUUGUUUUUUUCUUUGCCUGGGCUUUGCUUUACUGGAAAUGACAUGCUUGACAAUAAUAAUAUUAUUUAACAUCAACAGAAUCCACCAGCAACAACUUAACAUAUUUAACAUGCUUACCUGUUUUUUUAAAUGCAAGAAUAAAACACACCUGUCUAUGAAACAUUGCAGCAGCAGCCGUCUAAAUAUUUUUCAUCCUCCAGAAUGAGGAUCUGUUACACUUACUCCAGUCACCUAGUUUGGAUUUUAAUAUUCUCCCAGCGGAAAGUCUGCUGUUUUAUUUUAUUUGCUUUCAUCUCCAGUAUGUAUGUAGCUAAAAUAACUCCUUCAACAUACACAUUUAUGGACCUGUGUACGUAGGUUUGUGCAUUUUAGA